AUGUCUCAUAGACAGAAAGAAAAUAUAAAAAAUCAAGAAAUACUUUUAGACAUUGAAAAUGAAGUUGCUACUAUAACUUUAAAUAGACCGCAACAUGGAAAUUCUUUAACUAUUUCUAUGGUCACUGAAUUUCUUGAGGCUUUCAACAAAGUUACCUCUGAUCCUUCUGUACGUAUUAUUGUUGUCACAGGAACCGGAAAAUAUUUUUGUACAGGCUUGGAUUUAAAAGGUCAUAAUGUUAAUAUAGAAGAGGGAAUUCGUUUCUUUCAAACUGUAAAAGAAUGUCCGAAACCCGUAAUUGCGAAAAUUAAUGGACCUGCCUUUGGAGGUGGGGUUGGCUUUAUGUUUACUAUGGAUAUAAGAAUUGCUUUGAGUAAUGCAUACUUUAGUUUUAAAGAAGUUAAAAGAGGUCUUGUACCAGCAAUAAUUUCACAAUAUAUAAUUCCUGAAGUUGGAAUAUUUAAAACAAAACAAUUUAUGUUAACUGGUGAAAUAAUUUCAACUGAUCAAGCACUUUCAAGUAAUUUUUUAACUUGUACAGCAAAAAAUUUAAAAGAAUUAGAUAAUAAAGUUAAUAAAUAUAUUAAUGAACUUUUAUCUAGUGCACCGGGAGCGAUGAGUACUAUUAAAAAAUUAGUUAAGGUCGUUAAUAGUAAUAAUGAUGAAAAUAUUAAAAUUAAUUAUAUUAAACAAGUAUUUUCAGAUAUGAUGAAUUCUGAAGAAGUUGCUUUCGGUUUAAAUGCUCUUAGGAAAAAGGAACAACCGAACUGGUCGAAAUUUUUGUCUAAAUUAUAA